GGAGGGGCCGGGACGCUGGCGCGUCGGUGCCGACGGUCUCCAGGCGGGAGCGAGGAGGAGGUGAGCUCCUCUGGCCCGCUGUGCAGCCUGUAGGAAGAUGCAAGCCGAUGGCCUUCCUCUGCUCCAGCUCUAACCUUUUUGAAAGGACUUCACUUAACGCAGUGCCCAGUGGGCAAAGCAGGUAUGCUCUGUGGGAGUGCAACAGAAAACAGAAAUGGAAAGAUUUAUUGCUGUAAGUUCAAGAAUAUGUUCUUCAGAAGAAACAGCCUGUAAGUAAUAUAUUAAAAGAGGAACUGGAUGAAACAUGAAGACAACCUCCAAAUGAGAAAAGCAGGUGAAUCUAGACAGUUUGGAAGCACUUGGAAAAUGCGUGUUCUUCUCAUUGAAGCGUUUUAUGGUGGUUCCCACAAACAGCUGAUGGAUCUUCUCCAGGAGGAGCUACAAGAAGACUGUGUCCUCUGUACACUCCCUGCCAAGAAGUGGCACUGGAGAGCACGGACUGCUGCUCUGUAUUUCAUGCAAACGGUGCCAAUAAAUCCUAAUUACAGGAUCCUCUUUGCAAGCUCGGUGCUUAACCUGGCUGAACUCACUGCCCUCCGCCCUGACCUUGGCAAAUUGAAAAAGGUCCUCUACUUCCAUGAGAACCAAUUGGUAUAUCCUGUCCAGAAAUUCCAGGAAAGGGAUUUUCAGUAUGGAUACAACCAGAUUCUUUCAUGUUUGGUGGCUGAUGUUGUGGUGUUCAACUCUGCUUUUAAUAUGGAAUCAUUUCUUACAUCCAUUGGAAAAUUUAUGAAGCUGAUUCCUGACCACAGACCUAAGGAUUUGGAAGAAAUAAUCAGACCAAAGUGCCAAGUUCUUUAUUUUCCAGUCAGGUUUCCUGAUGUGAGCAGGUUCAUGCCAGAACAUAAACUUGCCCAUUUUGAAAAGGUAAUUGGUGUUAAAAGAAAUGGAAUUGCUUAUCAAACGGUGGGUCUGGCCAGCCAGCAGAAGUGCAGAGCUUUAAUGAAAACCAGCAGCACAGCUAGAAAGUCGGGACUUUGUGAAGUCCAGCCUAGACUUCAUACCACACAGCACGAGGGGCUGCCUUCCCCAUUAAUAGCAGUGGCGAGAUUGAACAAGUCUGAAGCAUCAGAAAGUACAAAUCCUUGUCAAGAGGAAGAUAAGCAACAUCUGACUUUUAACCUCUCUAAUAUCUUGAGUGGAUGGGACUAUCAGCAAAGACCUUUACACAUUGUCUGGCCUCACAGGUGGGAACAUGACAAAGGUCCUGAAACUUUCUUUGAAGUCCUGCUGAAACUGAAAGAAAAAGAUCUACCUUUUCAUGUGUCUGUCCUUGGAGAGGCUUUCAGUGAAAUUCCAGAUAUCUUUUCAGAGGCCAAAAAAGCAUUGGGAUCUUCUGUCUUGCACUGGGGCUACUUACCUAGGAAGGAUGAAUAUUUCCAAGCUCUGUGCAUGGCUGAUGUUGUCAUCUCGACAGCUAAACAUGAAUUCUUUGGCGUGGCAAUGGUUGAAGCUGUAUAUUGUGGCUGUUAUCCACUGUGUCCCAAAGCCUUGGUGUACCCAGAGAUAUUUCCAGCUGAAUAUCUGUAUUCUACACCUGAACAGCUUUUUAAAAGGCUUCAGAAUUUCUGCAAGAGACCCGAUAUUGUAAGGAAACAUCUUUAUAAGUUUUAUGGAAUCAGAUGUUUCUCUCUGGUUCUGGGUAUUUGUGGUUGCCAAAAUGCCAGAAUUAAGCAAGGAACAACAGGGCAUCGGUUUCCCAUGGAGUACACUGUAGGACCUGUCACUGUUUGCAAGCUCCCUAUCUAAUAGAGUUAAAAUCAAAAUUAAAAAAAAAAAAAUAGAGCAAAACAUUUGUUUCUGCAUUAUUUUCUUGAAGUUUACCUUUCAGUUCCCUCACUUCAGUUUGUUAAUUUAAAACAGCAUGUAUAAAGAGUAUACAGUGGAAAGGGACAAGAAGAGUUGCCAAAAGCCAGGCAUGGAAGGAGCUGACAACUUUAAAUAAUCUCUCCCAGCCCUCCCAGCUGAAUGAGUGCGGGUUGACAUGCUGUCAGCUUCAGUUCCUACAGAAAAAUCCUACUCUCACUCAUACUUGUUCAACAGAGAAAAGAAUUUGGCCCACUUUCUGACAUUCAUCUUUUCAUUUCCAUCACACUACAGAAGCUCACCUGCCUAUGAAAAGACACAUGGCGUGAUUUUUUCUUCUUUCUUACACCACUGUAGAAGGAAGUCUGCUGAAUUCAAAGGGAUUAAACUGCUGUAAAAUCAAAUUAAGAUCCCAGUUAGACCGUAGACAUCUGAAUUGUUUCCAGUCUCAGGAUUUGGCUGUACAGGGCAGUUCUAACAAAACUUACUUUUUUUUUUUUUUUUUUUUUUUUUUUUUUUACCUCUCUUUUUGCUCUGAUUUGAGAUAAAGCAGUAUCUUUGGUAUUUCAGGAAAAUAUGUAGAAAGGAAAACUGCUCCUGGUGCAGCUUUAAUACUAAGGCAUAGCUAGGAAACCAGCAGGAGGUAAUCUCAGCCUAAGGACACAUGAGGAUGCGGGGGAGUCUCAUGCCAGAUGUCCCGUUGGCCACUCAGCCCUCUUGCAAAGAGCAGUAGCCAUUCAUAGUUCUUGUACAGGCCAUGUAAGAGCGGGAGCGAUGCCUCUGCCUUUAUGCUUACCCACUCCCCUGCAGAACUCCAGGAGAAAUUGUUUUUCCAUAAGGAUGCUAACUGCCGCUCUGGAUCACCAUGCCAUGUGUUUAAUACCAUGGUUUUGAUAUUUGUGAUAUUUGGAAGAAGGCUGACACAGGUAAAAGUAGGUCUUUUAGAAUUACAUAUUGGUCCUAACCCUGGACUUGGAGAUUUUAUCAUCUUUCAUAACCUUUCAGUAUUAAGUACAUAAUACUUAAUAAGCUGUACAUAAUAGUUCUCCAUUUGACAUUCAGGCUCUUGGAAACUCCUGUUCUUGUCUUUCACAUUUUCGUAUAACAAAGCAGUUCAUCAUAUGUUUAGAGACAGCACUAAAAGCAUUUCCUUCAAUUGGCUCAGAGUUUCCCCACCUUCAGUUGCAUUGAGCAUCUUCUGUCUUCUUGUUCUGGAGUCAGUUGCCUGGAAGCAGAAGCUCCCCAUCCAUCUUUUCUAUACCAUUCAUUAUUUUAUAAACAUUUGUCAAACACUUAGAAUAUCCUGGUCUUUUUAGUCUCUCCUUGUGAAUGCUAUUCCAUGUUUAAGCUCUAAUCAUUCAAGCUGGUUUGAUCCUUGAGAGCCAUUUUUGUGCUGGUGCGAUCAUUGCACAGAGUAUUCUAGGCCAUGCCAUCAGUUUAUGUUAUGUGUUGUACUCUGAUAAUUUUCAACCUGUUCCUUAUGGAGCCAAACCUACUGUUUACUUUUUAAUGGUGAAUGUAUAUUGAACAGAUGUUUGCUUACAGUGUUCUCCAGAUCUUUUGUCCUGAGCUGAUAAAGUUAAUUUAGAGCUUUAUAGGAUAUGCAAAUAGUACAAGUAUUUCCAUCCAUCCUGCUGGGUUUCUGUUCAUCAGCAGAGCAUGACUGCAGAUUAAAAAGAAGGCGUUGUAUCAAAUUUGUGCUUCUACCUGGCUAGCAUUAGGCACCAGUCAGAAGGAGGUUAGAAGCAGAAGUGGGAAACUUGUAUUUGCCUCUUGAGAUGCUCAGUUUCCAGUAAGCAUAAUUUAAAGCAGUUUCAGAGGUGGUCUAGAUCUGCUUCUCAGAGCCUGUACGGGAAGGUUAUAGCAGCCUAGGAACUCUGGAGUGCAGCAUUCUGUGUCCAUGCUCUCCCAUCUCUGUCUCAGCGCUUAGGCAUGGUAUCCUAAGUAAAAUGAAUAUAACGUAAGGGUUUCUUAUGUGAAAGAAAACUUUGGUUACUUAUUUAGAAUAAAAAAUCAUAGAGUAAUUAAGGAAGUCUGGUGGUCAUCUGGUGAGCCUUUGCUGAAAGCAGGGCCAGCUUCCAAGUAGGCUCUAACUUCCAAUUCGGAUUAAGUUGCUCAGUGUCGCAUCCAGGUUAGACUUGCCAUUUUUCAUUCCCAUAUAUAUGGCUGAUAUAAGUGAAACCCAGCUAGCCUAGGAGGUUUGCACAGGUGGGAAGAUCUGCUGGACUGUGGGACACAAUUUAAGUGUUUUGGGCAACCUUAGGUCUUUAAACAGCAUAUGGGUCUGGAAGCAGCCAUGGUUAGAGGGAGGUCUGCUAGCUAAUGUGAAUCCUCACUGUGGGAGAAAUGAGCUAACAGGUAGGUUGCUGAAAUUGCCUGCUAGGUUAUUGUAGGAUCCAGUCAUUCAUACAUAGACAUAAUAUAUCUGUAUGUAGACAUAUAUGUAAGAAUGCAUAUAUAUAUAUCUACAUGGCCUGCACCUGACCUUCUCCCAGGGCUUGCCUUGCUCUUGGCUCUCUGAGGUUUGUAUCUAGGAGAUCUCAGUUCUCUGAAGAUGUUGGUCUAUAGCUGGCUGUACUUGUAAAGCAGGCAUUAAAAAAAAAGCAUUCAUUAAAUAGCAGUUAUGGACCCAUCUUUCAGCUGAAACACCAGGACUUUGAACUUCUUAUCAUAACAAUAUUAGAUAGCUUCUAAUUUUGUUUUAGAAAGUAAAUUAAAACUGGCAGAUGAACCACAGCCACUGCAAAAUGAUAGGUGGAAAAGCUGAUCAAAGGAAAUAGGAUUGACUUUGAAAGAAAAGUUGCAAAAAGCAUGCAAACUUAUGUUUUCAAUAUAUUUUAUUCAAAUUAUCUUGGGAAAGAAAGCUUGAAACUGUUUUCCUACUGUUGUAGUUGGUCAGUGUGUUCUGAACCAACUAUGCAAGGUACCCACCAGCUUAUCUUGCGUAGCCUCGCCUCCAGCAUUUGAUCAUUUUUGUUUAAAGACAGAAAGAAUGAAAUGAGUUUUAAAACGCCAACAUAAGAAACUGCAGGUCAGACCAGUUUGUUCAGGGAAAUACCAUUACUCUACCAAGGAGUAUUAUAUAGCUCUGACUUGGGCCUCACAGUGUUCCCAGUUCAUGUAAAACAAUGCUGUCUUUUGAUGGUGGUUUCCAAAGGUGCUUGGAGUUUGAAAGUUGAGCUCCAAAAGUAAUUACUACAACCUGCUUUCCACCUGGAUUUCUCCCCAGUAUUCACUUACAGAGGGAAGGAUUUGAGUCACAGAGUAAAGUUGACCCAAUAAAAUUGUCUCUGCAAAUCGCUCUGCUGUCUUGCCUGCCAAUUUCAGGUUUUGUGCUGAAUAAUAGUCUCUAAUUCUUAAUUUUGCUAAAGUAAUUUUUUUAAAAGUGCAUAAAAUUUAUGCCAAAUCAGUACUGUCUGCUUGAACUCCAACGGUCCUGAAACAGCAGGUCUGAAUGGAUGACCAGUCCUUACUAAAUUCUAAAGGUUAACUCUGUAGUCUAAUGAUGGCAGAGUAGAUGAUAGUUGCUUCAGUUCUGAUGUCAGGACACAAAAACCUACCAAGUUGAUUAAUUCAUAAAAGAUAUUGUACUGCUACUGACAUAUUAUUAUUAUGCUGCCUGUUCUUCAUGGGGAGAUCUGACUUCAUAUGAAAACUUUGCUUCUCUUGACAUCUGCAUAUUUAGGAACUGUUGGCUGAAUCGCUAUUCCUUGAAAAAAUGAAUGCCCAGACUUUUGCAGACUUCCCAAAAAAUGGAAUUGAAUUUGUUUGCUCCAAGGUAACUCUAAAAUAAAGCCCAGGAACCAGACUGAUGAUGAUCAAACAGGAGAAUUAGGCCCUCGCUGCUGCAGGUUUGUGGUUCUGCCAUGUCUGAGGGUGAGAGGGGCAGUCCUGUCAGGUGUCUAGUCCUUGGUGCAUCUGCUGAGACCACCAGUAAAGCAGAUGGAUGUUUGAUGGUGCUCAUCCAGGAGCAAAUAACCUCCUGGGACUGCUGACAUGUCUUUACCUGUCUUUAAAAAAAAAAGCUGAAUUCACCCCAUUUCCAAAUAAUGCCGCUUAAGUGUUCUCUGACCAGCUUGCUUCCACCCCUCCUGAAAUUCUGGGUGCUGCAGAGCAUUUCGGCACACAGCUGCGCUCCUUCCCGCAAGAGAGAUGUCCCUUUUGUGUCCCAGCAUCUAAUGCGGCUUCGUGCGCUUCUCUCUUCUGCUUCCUUAUAGGGCGAGACGGCUGGGUUUUCUUGGGCAGCGCUCGGCAGUAAAUUCAGGUCUCUGCUCGCAGCAGAACCAAGGGAAGAUUUGUGACAGAUGGGGCUAAGUCACAAACUUGCAGCCUCAGGCAGAAUUGUGGAAGUUUCCAGAGUGUGCCCAUAUUUACCUGAUCAGAGAGAAAAGAAAAUCUGCAGAGGAAGCCGAGCCUGGCUGCUUGUCAUAGCUGACACAGAGCCAUCUGCCACAAACCUGUGGCGGCUUCAGAUCUCCAAUCCCUGCCACCACCCCAGCUCAAAUUAAAUACAGAUUCUUAGAGAUGUUAUGAUGGUUACACAUGUCCUCGGCAUCACAUGCAGGAGACUGUUCAAAAAAAAUAUGUGGCCUGUUGUGUAACCGCACUCAUGUAUCCCAUAUGUGGUGCCACAUUGAAUUUCCGGUUGAAUCUGUUUUUAUCCUUUGUACUGGAUGACAUGGUGCCUGAAUUCUUUCUUUUCGCCGACACGAUGGCAGCCAAGCUGCAGCUUCAAACGCUCACACUUGGCUGAGUUUCUACCUAGGUUGCCAGGUUAUCAUUGGAGCCUUAUUGUGUCCUCAAAGGGCCACAGGGCCUGAAAGGAGGAUCCGAAUGCUGCCGGACUAAUUGGGCAGCCAUCUCCGGGUUGUUUGGAGGCAAAGGGCUGCUUUAGCACAUUUUUUUUUCUUUUUUUUUUUGCAAAUUAAUGGCUCUCUGGCACAGGGGUUUUUAAGUGAAGGUAUUAAUAAGGGGUCUGGCAGGUAAUCCCAUGAUUCAUGGAGUUACAUUUGCAUUUAAUUAAUCUUAAAGAAAGCUGAAAGAUAAACAGCUGUAAUUCAGACUAGCAUGGGAAAUAUGCUACAUGGUGCCAUCUAUCCGAUAAAAUGAAAGCCAAGACACUUGUUUUAUUUCUCUCAAGGAUGGAGAACAAACAGAUAACAGUCAAAAUACUUCCAAUAAAAACCAGUAGUUUAAAUGUAAUGGCAGUUCAUCAAGAAUCUUUGCAUCCAGUUGCAAAUACAGUCUUUUAAAGAUAAAUCACAUAUGAUUCCAGCAGUCAAGCUGCUAUAUUUAUUGAUGUAAAAUGUUUUGAAGAUGUAGAUUGUACAAUAAAUUUUUAAUAAAGUGCCCACUGCAAUUUUUAAUUAGCAUAUCUUAUUCAUGUAUAAGUGUGUACAUCUAUCUGUAUGUUUAUCACUAUGCAUAUCCUUGUGUCAGAGUCGAUGAAUGCAAUUGUGUCUUUAUCUGAUGAAGUAGAAUCUGUUUUGCAAGUGAUAAUAAAACGUUAUGACAAUUCCAA